UCAGUCUCCGUCCUGCUCUGUAUCUGUCUCUCUCUCUCUUUUUCCCUUUCUGUCUAUCUCUCUCUCUCUUCCUCUCUUUCUCUCUCUCUCUUUGGUGUGCUCAAGCUCCAGUUUGGUUCGCUGUCUGUCUGUGUGUUGCCGGUCUCGUUCCUCUGCAGACCUGAACCUCCAGCUGAACCCGGGACUCCAGCUCACUCUACAGCGG